GAUUAUAUACGGUGAAAGGACCAAGUGGAACCAACCGACCGAUAUCAGCAGCAGAAGCUAGAUCUAGGAUUAGGAUAUCCUGGGACGCUAGGAAAGCGUGAAUCGUGAGCAACGGGACAGAAGUUUGAAGGCACACAGACAGGCAGAGGAUCUUUUCCAGACUGUUAACCAAUUGCGUAAAACGGCCGACAGGCCGACCGGUUCCGGCAUCGAGACGCACAAUCACAAAUCGCCAUGACCAUCUCCGUUGUCGCCAUCGCCGCCAUCAAUCAGGAACAGCAGUGGCCGAAUAGUUGUCUCCAUUCUUCGGUGGUGGAACUGCGUCGUAAUCUUCGCUACAUGGCCAUCACCAUCGGCAUCAGUGCCAAUGACGACGGAUCCAAUGCCAGCAAUAGCACCAUCAGCAGCAGCAGCAGCAGCAUCAGUCGAAGCUAACUCAUCACAGUCUUUUAGCACGCGUGGGCAGGAGGAGGACGAGGAGGAGGGCAAUAAAGCUCUUCGCAUCGAAACAUCAUGGAUUUCCACAAGGCACCCCCACCCCGGCCGCCCAGUUUCGUCGAUGACGGUGGCAUCGGUACGGCACUCACCAAGUCCAACGAUGUGUACGAUUUAAUAUUCAUCAACAGUGGCAGCCCCGAUUCGUACCUGGCCGACGAGUUCGGAAGCUUCAUGAAUGACACUCUACUGCUCAAUGGCACUGCCAACGGGACUGACCUUGUCGGAAACGGCACCACAACCGGGCUGGACGAACCCCUGGCCGACGUCAUUGCGAUGGCGGUGACGUCACUCAUCCUCGGACUGAUGAUACUAGUUACCGUUAUAGGAAACGUUUUUGUAAUUGCUGCCAUCAUAUUAGAACGUAAUUUACAAAAUGUAGCCAAUUAUUUAGUAGCGUCACUCGCCGUGGCAGAUUUAUUCGUAGCGUGCUUAGUUAUGCCGUUGGGUGCUGUUUAUGAGAUAAGCCAAGGCUGGAUUCUGGGCCCCGAACUAUGUGAUAUUUGGACGUCCUGCGACGUCCUGUGCUGUACGGCUUCCAUUCUACAUCUGGUGGCUAUUGCCACGGACAGGUACUGGGCGGUGACCAAUAUCGAUUACAUGCACUCCCGCACCAGCCGCCGGGUAUUCACGAUGAUCUUCCUGGUGUGGUUCGCCUCGGUCAUUGUGUCACUGGCGCCGCAGUUCGGCUGGAAGGACCCGGACUACCUACAACGAAUAGAGCAGCAAAAGUGCAUGGUUUCGCAGGACAUCGCGUACCAGAUCUUUGCAACGUGUUGCACCUUCUAUGUUCCUCUGUUAGUUAUUCUAGUGCUGUACUGGAAGAUUUACCAGACCGCACGGCGACGGAUACAUCGACGGCGGCCGAAGCAACCGGUGACGGGUAAUAACAAUCAGGAAGAAACACCAAAACAAACCAAAUCAAAAAUACGCUUUCGGCUGAAGAAAAAGUUCGGCAAUCCAGCCAAAUCGGCAGCGUCCUCGCUGGGACUGGUAGAGGGCAACUCGACCAACACCGUCAACACGGUCGAGGACACCGAGGGCAGCUCGAAUGCGGAGCGGAAGGCCGGUGUCGAGACGGCUUUCAGCAGUGACGAGACACCGACAACAGCCAUGGGAAACAGUCAAAUCCCCACCGUUUCCCAUGAGGUGGAUCACCGGCAGCUGUCAGAUCCGGUGGAAGCAAAUAAUAACAAUCACAACAAUAACAGCAACAACAACAACAACAACAACAACUCCUCAUCCGAGGGUACCAAUGCUCAUCAGCUAUCGGCAGUCCCUCAGGCAAAUCCGCAACAGCCACAGCAGCAAGCACCAGUACGGCCCACGAGCAGCAACGCUCUGAUGCCCCCGAUUCAACAUUCACCCACCAUGCUCAGCGGGUCUCACACCCACAUUGGAUCGACGCUGAACAUUGCCAGCAACCCGAACCCGCACGCCCAGGUUUCCAAGCGGAAGGAAACUCUGGAAGCGAAGCGGGAACGCAAAGCGGCCAAAACGCUUGCCAUCAUCACCGGCGCCUUCGUCGUGUGCUGGUUGCCAUUUUUUCUGAUGGCCCUGCUUCUGCCCCUGUGCGAGGCCUGCUACAUCAACGAUACGGUGAUGUCGCUGUUCCUCUGGCUGGGCUACUUCAACUCGACGCUCAAUCCGGUCAUCUAUACCAUCUUCAGUCCCGAGUUCCGGCAGGCGUUCAAGCGGAUCCUGUUCGGGACGCACCGGAGCGCCGCUUUUCGACGGGGAAAGCUGUAAUACUAGGAGCAACCUUUGCACCACCAUAUACUCGUAUUCACAUCACUCAACAGCUGCCACCUUCUCUCUGUGUGUAUGUGUGUGUGUGUGUGUGUGUGUGCAAUCACCAUCAGGAUGCACAUCAGGAGAGCAACAACCGGAGCAACUGAAAGAGCCGAGCCACAACAGCACCAGCAGCCAUCGUCGUACGGGAGCCAACGCCAUCAACAACAACAACAACAACAACGCCUGCUCUCUGUGAAACUACCCGGAGUAGCAAAUUCCCUGCCCGAAAACUUGAGCCAAGACCACCUGUGGAGUCGCUGCUGUCUGUCGCUUCAUGGCGUUGAGUGGGUUGGUGGCAGCAGCCAACGCCAGCAAGAAAUGUGUAGAAUGCUAAAUUUUAUUACUCUUCCCAGACUGCCCCUCCACCCCCCUAGCCAUGCCGGAGUGGCGCGGUUCACGGGGACCCGGAGUCAU